ACUCUCCUGCUGCAAAGUUUACAUUACAUGAAAACUCGAGGCACCCUUUAAAAUUAUGGACAGUCUCGAGGCACCCUUUAAAAUUAUGGACAGUCUCGAGGCACCCUUUAAAAUUAUGGACAGUCCUCGAGGCACCCUUUAAAAUUAUGGACAGUCCCGAGGCGCCCUUUAAAAUUAUGGACAGUCCCGAGGCGCCCUUUAAAAUUAUGGACAGUCCCGAGGCGCCCUUUUAAAAUUAUGGACAGUCCCGAGGCGCCCUUUAAAAUUAUGGACAAUCCCGAGGCGCCCUUUAAAAUUAUGGACAGUGCCGAGGCGCCCUUUAAAAUUAUGGACAGUCCCGAGGCACCCUUUAAAAUUAUGGACAGUCCCGAGGCACCCUUUAAAAAUUAUGGACAGUCCCGAGGCGCCCUUUUAAAAUUAUGGACAGUCCCGAGGCACCCUUUAAAAUUAUGGACAGUCCCGAGGCACCCUUUAAAAUUCUGGACAGUCCCGAGGCGCCCUUUAAAAUUCUGGACAGUCCCGAGGCACCCUUUAAAAUUAUGGACAGUCCCGAGGCACCCUUUAAAAUUAUGGGCAGUCUUGAGGCACCCCAUUCUAAACUGGGUGCCUCUAGACUGUCCAUAAUUUUAAAAGGGCGCCCCAUUCUAAAAUU